AUGGCCUACCAGUAUAAUAAAUCCGGGAUGCACUAUCUAUCCAAUUGUUCUGCACCAGUGCCUCCAUCAGUGGAUGGAGCUCAAACUGUUUCAUACACCCAUUACCGUCCCUCUUACAUGGAACAAACCCCUUCUUUCAAUCAAAUAUACCCCCGAGCUAACGAUUUUGACGUCGAACACGCAGUAAAUGAGAAGAAAUCUAGCCUAUUCCCUUCAUAUCCUGAUAAAUUCUGCCACGCUCCGCCUACUCCUUAUUAUGCCUCUCAACCAAAAAAUACAUAUUUUCAUUCGGACAAUGCCACUCAAAGAUACGCACACGAUGAUAGUAAGACUUUGCCUACCACCACCGCGACCCCGUCAAUACCCCAACAACCCUUCCGCGAUCGAUACAAUUCAUCGUCAGCCUAUCCAUUGGAAGAAGACUACGGGUCAGGUUAUCGUGGCUCAGUCCCUACAACUCAGGUUGGUUCGGCGAUUUCACUAGGGUACGAUCCUUUACAACAAACUCUCUCAGCGCCGCAAAAUCACGAUCCGUUCUCGUUCAAUCCUCCGUACUAUGCGACUCCCGCAUUAACAUACGCCAAAAGUCCAAAUUUGGAGACAGUCUAUGAUUACCCAACAAACACCCCUCAAAUACCCGCCUCUCACUAUACACACUACGCUCUUAAUUCACACGCUACUUUAUUUAAUACAACCCUCAUAGACCGUGAAGCUGCAGUUCAUGCGCCCAAGUCCAAUAACUGGCACACUUUUAAACCACCGGACAUACAAAAUACGGAAUUAGAUAAUUUAUCUGCCGGAGAAACAAUGCCGUCUGCACAUGGACCUCAGCAUGUGGGCUUCUCGAUGAUACAGGGAGGCGCUCUACCAAGUAGUGAUGUUAGAGCUUCUCAAUACAACGAUGUUCGUACGUCUCACCACACAUCAAAAACACCCGUUAUUCAUCAACGGCGUGUAUCCGUCCCGUCAAAUCCAUUCGCUUCCAUAGAUUUGAACCCUACGGUACCCCUGUACGAUUACGAUGAAGCUGGAUGCGGAUACAUGGACUGCCCAAUGAUAUUCGGCACGUCAGGAGAUGUCAAACGUCACAGAGAAUCUGUCCACAAAAUUGGAUUGGAGAAAUCAAAGCAUACGCAUUCACACCGAAAACCUCCUCAGUCAACAAUCAAAGCCUCAUCGUUUCGCCAUUCUUUUCGCCUCACCGAUGUGCCUGACAUGGAUUACGGUUAUGACGACUGUGAUUGGCCAGUUGGUAACGACAUGUCACGGCUGUCACAGCCACAAUAUGCAAUACAACGCCCCAUUGCACCUCACGAGGAGCACGACUUUGCAGAUUCAUGGGCUGAGCCUAGACUGAUGGAAGACAAUUAUCUUUGGGGCAAUUGUUCCAAUAUCCUCGACAUCAACGACCUAUUAUUGCAGUCCAUUAAACUUUACCAAGGAAAUGAUUUGUUCUCGUCUUUUUACCCGGAUGCCUUUUCUUCGAUUCCUGAUGUACAUGAAGAGAUUUCGUCUCCGGUGACGGAAACGGAUAUCUCUUCCUUUGGACCAGUGACUUUCGAUCCUACAUUUGAAUUCGGGCCUCUUUAUGAACCAUGGUCAGAUAUGCAAACGAUUUUCGAACCCACGGAAUCAUCGAGCCUAGGAUGUCAAUAUGAUUCAUACCAUGCCGAGCAUAAGCUUGCUUGUGAUUCCUCCCUAGAUCUCACUUGGCACCGUCGCGAGCACGCACAAAUCCUCCUCGAUUCUUUCUCGGGGCCAAAUCGUUGUCCAUGGAACGGAUGCACCUCGCGUGCAAAGUUUGCUAAUCCAAAAUUCCUUAAUAUUCAUCUAAUCAACAUACACGUCGAACCUUUGGUUUGUGGAGUCAAUGGAUGUGGCUAUCAAAAACCCUUUAGAAACAAACAUGACUUGGAGAGACACAAGCGAACGGCGCAUAUGAACGUCAAGGAAUUUGAGUGUCCAUAUCCGAGCUGCAGUGAGGAGGGACUGGGGUUCGUGAGAAAGGAUAAGCUUUUGGUUCAUUUUAGGGAUGUGCAUAGUGAUGGGAGUGGUAGGGUAUGUCCUAUUUUACAUUGUGGGGUGAUGCUGAGCGGGGACGGUCAAGGUGAGGAGGAGGAAGGAAAAGAAAGGAUGGGGGAACAUAUGAAGAGAGAUCAUGGAAGCUUUGAAUGUGCAUUGGGAAGGUGCGGUGGAAAAAAUGAGCAACAGAAACCGAAAAGCCUGUUUUCGGAUCAGGGGCUAGAAAAACAUCUGAAAAGGGAACAUGAGAUAAAUGGAAGCGAGGCUUUAAGGUUAGUGAGUACUGUGAGAAAAGUGAAGGAUAAGACAGUUAGAUGGAAUACUGUCGGGAAAGGGUGUACAUGA